CGAAUUACUCCAUCAGUGGCUGGAUUGGAGAGCCCUGCCUCUUUUCUCAUUGGACUGCUCAACCCAGCCAAGCUGUCAGCCCAUGUGGCGUGGCCAGGCAGAAUGUGAGACAUUUAAAUUCAUGAGAGAAAAAGAUUUAAAGAAGCGCGGAAGCUAACGUUAGCCUUAUCUACAGAGUAACGGCAGGGACGGAGGCAUUUACAGUAACACGAAUACAGACAUUGACAAAAUAGCUAACGGAAAUAACCCGGAGAAUACAUGCCAAACAGACGCUAACGUUUCACCGAGAGCUUCAACACCGUCAUAUUAAAGGGACAUCUUACCGUGAUCCAGCAUGGAUGAUAUAGUCAUAGCAGGGAUAGCGGGCCGUUUGCCCGAGUCAGACAACCUGGAGGAAUUCUGGGAGAACCUAAUAGGUGGCGUGGACAUGGUGACAGAGGAUGAUCGACGAUGGACUCCAGGUCUGUAUGGUCUCCCAAAGAGAAACGGAAAACUGAAAGACAUCAGCAAAUUUGAUGCCACCUUCUUCGGAGUCCAUCCCAAACAGGCCCACACCAUGGACCCCCAGCUCCGCAUCAUGCUUGAGGUUGCAUAUGAAGCCAUUGUAGAUGGAGGUUUAAACCCAGCCGAUAUGCGUGGCAGUAAAACAGGAGUCUAUGUCGGGGCAAGCGGCUCGGAGGCCAGCGAGGCGUUCAGCAGAGAUCCAGAGGAGCUCCUGGGCUACAGCAUGACUGGCUGUCAACGUGCCAUGUUGGCCAACAGACUCUCCUACUUCUUCGACUUCAGUGGCCCCAGCACCGCCAUCGACACAGCCUGCUCCUCAGGCCUGCUGGCUUUAGAAAAUGCCUUCCACGCCAUCCAGCAGGGCAUAUGUGAGGCUGCUCUGGUGGGCGGAGUCAACCUGCUGCUCAAGCCAAACACCUCGUUGCAGUUCAUGAGACUGGGCAUGCUCAGUCCAGAGGGGACCUGCAAGUCCUUCGAUGCAUCAGGAAAUGGAUACUGCCGCUCGGAGGCAGCAGUAGCUGUGUUGAUCACAAAGCGAUCAGCGGCUAGAAGGAUCUAUGCCACAGUGGUUAAUGCUGGAAACAACACAGACGGAUACAAAGAGCAAGGUGUUACGUUUCCUUCAGGAGAGAUGCAGCAAAGGUUGGUCCGUUCCCUCUACAAAGAGUCAAAUAUAACACCCGAGCAGGUGGAGUACGUGGAAGCUCAUGGUACUGGGACAAAGGUUGGAGACCCACAGGAAGUGAAUGGUAUUGUCAGCACAUUCUGUACCUCAAAUAGAGAACCUCUGCUCAUCGGCUCCACCAAAUCCAACAUGGGUCACCCAGAACCGGCCUCAGGUCUGGCUGCUCUAGCAAAGGUGUGCCUUUCUUUGGAGCGAGGAGUUUGGGCGCCCAACCUUCACUUCAACAAUCCUAAUCCCGACAUCCCAGCCCUCACUGAUGGACGAAUUCAAGUUGUUGACCGGCCUAUUCCCGUCCGAGGUGGCAUUGUUGGCAUCAAUUCGUUUGGAUUUGGGGGUUCAAAUGUUCACGUGAUCCUCCGUCCUGCUGAGAAACAAGCAAAUACCACCACACCUCCCAGGACCGUUCCCAGGAUGCUCCAGGCAUGUGGUCGCACUGAGGCUGCAGUGAACACACUGCUGCAGAAGGGGAGGGAGCACGCUGCUGAUGACAGCUUCCUGUCUCUGCUGAAUGAGGUGUCCGGAGCUCCCACAGCUAGUAUGCCGUACCGAGGCUACACUUUGAUUGGCUCUGAGAGUGAAGUCACAGAGGUGCAGCAAGUUCAGGCUGCAGCCAGGCCGCUGUGGUACAUCUGCUCCGGUAUGGGGACACAAUGGGCAGGAAUGGGCCGCAGUCUCAUGCAGCUUCCAGAGUUCAGAGAAUCUAUCCUGCGAUCUGAUGAAGCCCUGAAGGAUACCGGCCUGGUCGUGUCUCGUCUGCUUAUGGAGGCAGAUGAGACGACAUUUGAAGACACCAUUCACGCCUUUGUUGGUCUCGCAGCCAUACAGAUAGCAGAGAUCGACCUGCUCACCAAAUUGGGUUUGAAACCUGACGGUAUCAUCGGACACUCGGUGGGAGAGCUCGCCUGCGGCUAUGCUGACGGCUCCCUCGGCCACAGCGAGGCUGUCCUAGCUGCUUACUGGAGAGGACGAUGCAUCAAGGAGGCGGACCUCCCUCCAGGAGGCAUGGCUGCAGUCGGGUUGACGUGGCAGGAGUGUCUGGCUCAGUGUCCAAAAGGAAUUGUUCCAGCCUGUCACAAUGCAGAGGACACCGUCACCAUCUCUGGUCCAGCGGAAGCGAUCAGUAAAUAUGUUGCAGAGCUGAAGGAGCAGGGAGUGUUUGCAAAGGAGGUCCGCAGCGCUGGCGUUGCUUUCCACUCCUACUAUAUGGCGUCCAUCGCUCCUGCCCUGCUGGCUGCUCUGAAGAAGGUGAUCAAGGAGCCACGAACUCGCUCCUCCCGCUGGGUGAGCACCAGCAUCCCUCAGACAGAGUGGGACUCUCCUCUGGCCCUGACCAGCUCAGCUGAUUAUCACGUCAACAACCUGGUCAGCCCUGUGCUGUUCCAGGAGGGACUCAGUCUGGUGCCUGAAAAUGCCGUGGUGGUGGAGAUUGCACCUCAUGCUUUGCUGCAGGCCAUCCUGAAGCGAAGCCUGAAACACACCUGCUCCAUCCUCCCCUUAAUGAAGAGAGGACACACCAACAACCUCGAGUUCUUCCUCUCAAACGUUGGAAAAGUUUACACGAACGGCAUUAACGUGGAUGCUAACGGUCUCAGCCCGGCGGUGACAUACCCUGUGCCGGUUGGUACUCCACUGAUCUCCCCCUUGGUUCAGUGGGAUCACUCUCAGACUUGGGAUGUCCCAAAGGCAGAGCACUUUGUAUCUGGCUCAGGGGCAUCUAAUUCUGCCACUGUCUACAAGAUUGACAUAAAUCCAGAGUCUGCAGAUUACUACAUGAUUGGACACUGCAUUGACGGGCGUGUCCUGUACCCGGCCACCGGUUACCUGGUGCUGGCCUGGCGCACCUUGAUCAGAAAUCUGGGGGCUGUUAUGGACACCACGCCUGUAACUUUUGAAGACGUCACCAUCCAUAGAGCGACCAUCCUGCCAAAGAGCGGCUCCGUCCAGCUGGAGGUGCGUCUCAUGCCUGCUACCAACAAGUUUGAGGUUUCAGAGAACGGAAGCCUGACUGUCAGUGGUAAGGUUAGCCUGCUUCAGGAUGCAGCCCUCGAUUCUUUCCAUAGUCAGAUACAACAACAAGCUGCUAACAACAGUGACAGUGACCCCAAAAUGAAGCUUAAUGCUCCUGAUAUCUACAAAGAGCUGCGCCUAAGAGGCUACGACUACGGCAAGACCUUCCAGGGGAUCUUAGAGUCCAACAAUGCAGGUGACACUGGGAAGCUUGAGUGGACUGGAAACUGGGUGACUUUUCUGGACACAAUGCUACAGAUGAUCGUGGUUGGGCUGUCAGGUCGCAGUCUGCGUCUGCCGACCAGGAUCCGCUCUGUGUGCAUCGAUCCAGCUGCUCAUGAGGAGAAGGUCUGCGAGUAUGCUGAUGGAAAGAAAGCGGUGGAUGUCCAGGUAAAUCGUUGCCUGGACAACAUAACAGCUGGUGGAGUCCAGAUCUGUGGUCUUCAUGCGACUGUGGCCCCCCGCCGGCAGCAGCAGCAGAGCCCCCCCACCCUGGAAGAGUUUGUGUUUGUUCCCUACAUGGAGACUGAGUGUCUGACAGCUAACGGCAAAGUUGCAGAGCAGCUGAGGAUCUGCAAAGGUUUGAUCCACAAACUUCAGAAGAAGUUGGCCAAUCAUGGUGUCAAACUCUCCAUACCUGGGCUACAAGAGGAGUCAGAUGGCCCUCUCCCCAGCCCUGAGCCCACUGAGCCCGGUCUGGUCCGGCUGCUGGCUCUGCUCUGUGGUCUGGAACUGAACGGAAACCUCAGGUCUGAGCUGGAGCAGACAGUGGAGAAGGAGAGGGCGUGUCUGCUGCAGGACGGCCUGCUGCAGGGUCUGCUGGACAAUCCAGCGCUCAGACACUGUUUGGACACCGCAAUGGAGAACAGCACUCCUGGAAAGAUCAAAGUCAUGGAGGCUUUCUCUGACGACGGCCAGCUCUUCUCCCGUGUAGUUCCCCUCCUCAACAUCCAGCCCAUGCUGCGGUUGGAUUACACUGCCACCACAUCCAACCUGGACCUCCUAACCCCCCACCAGGCCUCUCUGGAGGAGCUGGCAGUGACUUCAGCUCAGUGGGACCCCCUCACAGCUCCAGCUCCUGUAGGAGGUGCAGACCUUGUGCUGUGCAACCAUGCCUGGGGCCCUCUGAAGGUGGCUCCUGCUCAGCUGAUGGACAAUCUGGCUUCUGGAGCCAAACUAGGUGGAUUUGUUCUCCUCCACACCCUCCUGAAGGGAGAAACUCUGGGGGAAACGAUCGCCUUUCUGUCCAGCAGCGCUCAGAACAGCAACCAGCAAGGAAUGCUCACACAGGCGGAGUGGGAGAAAGUGUUCUCUGCAGCGUCUCUCAGUCUGGUGGCUGUCAGGAAGUCUUUCUAUGGCUCUGCCCUCUUUCUCUGUCGCCGUCAGUCUCCAGGUAAAAACCAGCCUGUGUUCAUACCUGUGGAUGGCACCGACUACAAGUGGGUGGAAACACUGAAGGCAACAGUGGCAGACACAUCAGACAGCCCAGUGUGGCUGACGGCUUCUCAGGCUCAUUGCGGCAUUGUGGGAAUGGUCAACUGUCUGAGGCAGGAACCAGGAGGGAACCGAAUACGCUGUGCGUUUGUGUCCAAUCUGAACAACUCCUCUAUGGCGCCGGUCCUCCAGCCGACCCACAAGUCCAUGCAGUCUGUGCUGGAUGGUGAUCUGGUCAUGAAUGUGUUCAGAGAUGGAAAGUGGGGCGUCUUCAGACACCAGCUCAUCGCUACAGAUCUAAAUGAAGCGAUGACAGAGCACGCCUACGUCAAUGUCCUGACUCGAGGUGACCUGUCAUCUCUUCGCUGGAUCGCCUCUCCACUCCGACACUUUGUGACCAACAACCCGAACGUGCAGCUGUGCCGCGUCUACUACAGCUCACUCAACUUCAGAGACAUCAUGCUAGCCACUGGAAAACUGCCUCCAGAUGCCAUCCCAGGUGACCUAGCUCUGCAGCAGUGCAUGCUGGGUAUGGAGUUUUCUGGUUAUGAGCCCAGUGGUCGACGUGUGAUGGGGCUUCUCCCUGCUAAAGGCCUGGCAACGAGUGUGGAUGCUGACAAACGCUUCCUGUGGGACGUUCCCUCCAGCUGGACUCUGGAGCAGGCAGCAUCAGUCCCAGUGGUCUAUGCCACAGCAUACUACUCUCUGGUGGUGCGGGGCCGGCUCCGCCCCGGAGAGUCUGUUCUCAUCCACUCAGGAUCAGGUGGUGUUGGUCAGGCCGCCAUUGCCAUAGCACUUAGCAAGAAAUGCAAAGUAUUCACAACUGUCGGUUCAGCAGAGAAACGGGCGUACCUGCAGGAACGGUUCCCUCAGCUCUCUGCAGAGUCCUUCGCUAACUCCAGAGACACUUCAUUUGAGCAGCACGUCCUGCUGCACACGCAGGGAAAAGGUGUUGACAUGGUGCUGAACUCUCUGGCCGAGGAGAAGCUGCAGGCCAGUAUUCGCUGCUUGGCCAGACAUGGACGCUUCCUGGAGAUUGGAAAAUACGACCUGUCCAACAACUCUCCUCUGGGCAUGGCUCUGUUCCUGAAGAACGUGGCGUUUCAUGGCAUCCUGCUCGAUGCUCUCUUUGAGGAGGGCAACAAGGAGUGGGAGGAAGUGUCCCAGCUGCUGAAGGAGGGCAUCAUGGGAGGUGUUGUCCAGCCUCUGAAGACCACAGUGUUUGAGAGGGACCAGGUGGAGGAAGCUUUCAGAUACAUGGCUCAGGGCAAACACAUCGGCAAAGUUGUUCUGCGGGUCUGUCAUGAGGAGAAGGAUGCAGCAAACAAAACCUCUACUCUUCUGUCUCUUCCGGCAAUCUGUCGCACAUUCUGUCGCCCCUCCCACUCUUAUAUCAUCACUGGGGGACUGGGUGGCUUUGGCUUGGAGCUUGCUCAGUGGCUGACAGAGAGAGGAGCCCGCAAACUGGUGCUGACGUCCAGAUCAGGAAUCAGGAAUGGUUACCAGGCGAAGCGAGUGCGUGAGUGGCAGAGUCAGGGUGUGGAAGUGCUUGUCUCGACCAAGGACGUCAGCACGCUGGAGGGAACAGAGAAAUUGAUCAAAGAGGCCAGCUCACUGGGUCCAGUGGGUGGUGUCUUCCAUCUUGCCAUGGUAUUGAAAGAUGGCAUGUUGGAGAAUCUAACUCCUCAGCUCUUCAUCGAUGUCAACAAACCAAAAUAUGACGGCACCUUAAACCUGGACAAAGUGACGAGAAAGUCCUGUCCAGACCUCAGCUACUUCGUGGCCUUCUCCUCUGUCAGCUGUGGCCGUGGUAACGCAGGUCAGAGCAACUACGGUUACGCCAACUCAGCCAUGGAACGUGUUUGUGAAAAGCGGCGCUACGACGGCCUGCCUGGACUGGCGGUCCAAUGGGGAGCCAUUGGAGAUGUGGGCGUGGUUCUGGAGACUAUGGGAGACAACGAAACAGUGAUCGGUGGCACGCUGCCUCAGCGCAUCACUUCCUGUCUGGAGGUGUUGGACCGCUUCCUGUGUCAACAGCAGGCAGUGAUGUCGAGCUUCGUGCUGGCUGAGAGGACGGUGGUGAAGAGCGAGGGCGGGAAUCAGAAGAGCCUGGUCGACACUGUCGCUCACAUUCUUGGUGUGCGUGAUGUGAGCAGCCUGAAUGCUGAUGCCUCAUUGGCUGAUCUGGGUCUGGACUCCUUGAUGGGUGUGGAGGUUCGCCAGACUCUGGAGAGAGACUACGACAUCGUCAUGACCAUGAGAGAGAUCCGCCAGCUCACUAUCAACAAGCUGAAAGAUCUUUCCAACAACAAGCCAACAGGAUCAAACGAACCAUCUACCACCUCAGCUAAAAGAAACAGUCUUCAGUCUGUGCUGGAAUCAGACCUGACACAGAUAUUGGUCAAUCCCAGUGACUCCACGGUGAUGCCUCUGAACAAAGUCCAGAGCCAGGAGAGACCACUGUUCUUGGUCCAUCCCAUCGAGGGAUCUAUUAACACCUUUAAGACGCUCGCUUUCAAACUCAAUGCACCAUGCUAUGGCCUCCAGUGCACCAAAGCCGCUCCUCUGGACAGCAUUCAGUCUCUGGCGGCGUACUACGUGGACUGUGUCAGACAGAUUCAGCCUGACGGACCGUACAGGAUUGCCGGAUACUCGUUUGGUGCCUGUGUGGCAUUUGAAAUGUGCUGUCAGCUUCAGACACUGAACCAGCCUGUGGAGCACCUCUUCCUGUUUGAUGGAUCACACUCCUACGUGGCAGCGUACACACAGUCAUAUAGAGCCAAGCUGACUCCAGGAAAAGAGUCAGAGGCUGAGACUGAAGUAAUGUGUGCUUUCAUCCAGCAGUUCACCGGCAUCGAGUACAACAAGCUCGUAGAGGCUCUCCUCCCACUGUCCGACCUGGCAGCCCGUGUAAACGUUGCAGUGGACAUGAUCACUUCCACCCAUAAGAACGCCAACAACAUCAGCAGAGACAUGCUUCACUUUGCAGCCAGCACCUUCUACCACAAGCUGAUGGCUGCUGAAGGCUACAGACCGGUGACUAAAUACCACGGCAAUGUGACGCUACUGCGAGCCAAAUCCGGCAACGAAUACGGACAGAGCCUGGGAGCAGACUACAAGCUGGGCGAGGUAUGUGAUGGAAAGGUUUCUGUCCACGUCAUCGAGGGAGACCACCGCACCCUCCUAGAGGGCGAGGGAGUAGAGUCCAUCAGCAGCAUCAUCCACGGUUUACUGGCUGAGCCUCGAGUCACAGCGAGGGAGGGCUGAACAGACCCCAACCCAACGACCACGCCCUCCAUCUCCCCCUUUAACCUAACUCACAACAUUCCCAAAACGUCUUCCUGCAGGUUUAAUGUUGUUUUUUUUUACUGUGAGAGUAACACUGUUAGUCUUUGGACGCACGAUGUUUAAUGUCCUAAAUGCACCUUAAUGCACCCUCAAUUCAUAUAAUGACCCCUUCCCAACAUCUCAGAGCACUUAGACGGUUUCAUGUGGAGGAUAACUGUGCAGACAGUGAGGUAAUGAUGUUUCAUUUUGCUGCCAUUUUUAUUUUUACACUAGAUUUUUCAGAAAAUAUUCACAAAUCAGGCAACAGAAAAUUCUAAUCAAAAUUCUACACAUGAGCUGCUUGUGCAUUUUGCAGCUCCACCAGUAGCCUAUUUAUGAAAAAGGAACUAACCUAUGAAGCCUUAUCACUCACUGUUGUAGAUGGACACCAGCUGCUAAUCUUUCAAACACUCACUAGUCAACAUUGAUGCACCAAAAGUGCAACAUGGUUUUAAAGAAAGUUUACAAGAGACUGCUGAUCAAGCCUGUGUAGAUCAUCAUCUCAUUAUAAUCUCACGGGAAAAAAGAUCCAGAAUAGCAAAAUAAAAGGCUCUCUAGCUUUAAGCGCAACAUGUUCAUGCAGAUUUAAACUGCUUAAAUCCUCCUGAUGUUUACUGAGGUUUAUUCUGUUACUUCUGGUAGUUCAAACAUACAUUGGCAUUUUUCUAUUUUUGUAUUUCCUAUUUAGCUAUUUUUGUCAAAAAAGAGGAUUCAAGACACAUUGAUAUAUGUUGUAUUUUGUUUUCUUUAUAUUUGUUUCUGUCUUGAGGCAAAGCAGAAGCUGGUGGUGUUUGAUCUUUAGUCUAAUGAGACUUAAACUCAAAUAAUGGAAAGCAUAUCUUAACCUUUAUGAACUAUUACGUGUGUUAUAAUUGUGAUGCAAGAUGUCAAACAUACCAAGAAUAAUAUCCCUGAGAAGACCCAAACAACAGAUGGUUUUGAUGGGAGUAUUACAGUUCUAAAAACAGCCGUGUGGUGAUACGUAGGAUUUGUAUUGCUGCAUGGUGUAAACUGCUCAGUUUGUUGUUUUUUCCCUCUAAUUUCCCGCCUUACCCCACUCUGCUGUGCUGUGGUUGGCCAGUCGAACUGAAAGGUCAAAGAUUGACCCUUUAAAAAGAGGCUGCUGUUUGUUUCCUGCAUAAAACCUUUUGUCAACUAUAAUCCCCAAAACCAAACCAGGUCAUUUUGGAGCUUGAAACACCCCAAAAACUGAAAUUCACACUCAUGUUUAAGACCAAAAUUUGCAUGAAUCAUGGACGUCUCAAAUUUCAUCAUCCAUUGGUUCCUGCAAAGGUGUUUUGAAGCCAAAUGAUGGUGGUAGACAUAUUGGAAAUGCUAAAUUUGAUGUCACAUUGAGUAUCCAUUAUAUUCUGAAUUCACAUUUAAUUUUGGAUUAGUGAGAAACCCCUGGAUUUAUACUAGAUUUACAAGUAUGAAACUGGGGCAUUGUUCGUAACAAAGCACCCUAAAAUGCAUUAGCGCUCUUGGACUAUUUAAUAACAGAGAUUUCUUGCCAUUCAACAAAAAAUAAAAGUACAUAACGUAUUUAAUAUUUCAAAUACUGUUAGAUAACUGUCAAAUAUCAUAGAGCUACAUUAGCAAUGAAUGAUUGUUUAUUGUAGUUAAAGUCUGCUGACAGUCAUUCUAGCUUGUCACUUGCUUAGCAACUAACUUGAUGCAGAAAUACCUUAACGAUAAAGUCAAAUGUUGCAGAGCCCUCAACAAUGGUGGAACAGCAUGCUAAUUGUUAGCUUGCAGUAUGUUAUAGAUCUGAUUAAGUAGUUUGCGGGUUCAGACAUAGCCACAAACUUUUCAGUCUAGAAAUAGACAGAGUCGAAGCUGAGUCAAUUAAAUGUCCCUAUUGAUAGAAAUGUAUACCUCACUCCUAGCCUUAACAUAAUAUAAACAGAUGAGUUACCAAUAAUCACUGAUGCAUCAGUUUGAUAUUAGUAUUGACUGAUACCUGCCUGUUUACAAACAACAGCAGGAAAUAAUGUGGCAUGAAUAGAUCUUGGUAGCCAAUGUUUAAUCAUUACAUCCAUUCAGCUUAAUGCUGACAUCUAGCAUUGCUAACUGCUGAGUGAAAUAAGGAUUUUUAAUGAGGUAGAAUAAGUUGCAUAUUAGACAAACUGAUCAUUUUUAUGGUCAUGGCAUGAGAGAGAAUGGCAUUCUGGGAGUCUUACACUCAAAGAAGUGAUGGAAAAAUAUCAGUUUCAGCAAUCAAUACUGAUUUUUACCAACUCAAUCUUUAGUUAAAACAAUUCAGCCACCUUACAGUGUGCCAGAAAAGAGAUGAACCAUUUACACCAGAUUUACCUUUUGAACCAGGCUGAAAUCAUGUCGAUUUCUGUUGUAAAAUUGGCAUUUUUAAAAUGGGACCUAACAGGAGUGCCUUAGCUUUUUGAACUAGCCUCUAGUACAGAGGUUCUCAGGACCCUCUAUCACCUCCAUAAGAAAAAAAUGCAACCAACUUUUUAAAAAAAAAAUUUCAUUUUCAAAUUAUUGAAUUAAUAUAAAAUGUUGCUGUUUAGACCCCAAAUGGAACAAAACAGAAGUAAACAAAGAGACUGGACAAAAGAAACAUGUUGAAAAAAUCACAUCAUUACAGAAGGCCAUGCAUACAAUGCUUUACUCCAAUUUUCCAAGACAGAAUGGAAAAUUUGAUAAUGUCUUGAGGAAUUAUCUAGGAGAAAUCUGCUUUGUUAUCCGAAGAAAAGGAGAACAUAAAUAGAAAUCGUUAGAAGAAAAAAAUUUGCUUUUUAUCAUAGUGAAACCUAAAAGUAUAUGCAUGAAUUUACUGUUUAGCCACAUACGAUUCUGUACAAAGACUUUUGCCAUGCUUUUGUCCUGGAAUGCAUUUGCAAUCCAAUGGAAAGAGCCCUCUAGCUGGCACCUGAGGAACUGUCAUUUUUUCACAUUCAUACGGGCCUUAGCCAGAGUUUUCUGCUUGACUAUGACUCUUUAAGUGUGUAGUACUGAUGGAUUCAAAGCUGAAAUCAGUUUGUAAAUUAAAAAACACUCUUAGGCUUUUGAACUAAUUCAAAUAGAAAAUUCACCCCCAUAUAGUGAGUACAAAACAUGAGCUUUUUAUAUAAAAUUCAGUUUUUGAAUCAGGCUUUAAAAAGGUGAAAUUCUGCUGUAAAAAUGAGCAUUUUAAUAAGGGUGUCAAUGGGGAUCCCUUGCUUUUCAGCCAGUCCCUAGUGGACAUUAGAGGAACUACAUUGGCUUCUUUUUCAAUACUGAGGGUUACUGCUUGGUUAUGGCGAGUAAAACAAAAAGUCAGAGCAACCAAAAUAGCUGUGGUUCAGUGGUAGAUAUGGUUGGUAGUCGCCACUUAACAGGAAGGUUGGGGGUUCGAUCCCUGACUCCUUUAAUCAUGUGUCAGUGUCCUUGGGUGCUGUACUGAACCUGAAAAUGCUCUGACUGCUGCGUCAGUGGCAUGUGAAUGCCUAUAAAUGGAAAUAGUUAACUGAUGGACUCUUGACAUAGCUAGCAAGUUCAAGUUGGGGAUUAUAUUAAUGUAAAAAGCAAAGUUUUAAACCUCAACUUGAUCUUGGUCGUAAAAAGUGCUUACAGUAUCAAAACAACAACAGAAAUGCAAGACAAACUCAAGUCCCUUUACAAAGGACUCUUAACAGCAGUCUCCUGUGCUCCUGGUUCUAAGAGAACCUCGAGUAUUGACCAAUCACAGCUCAGCAGGCAGAAUCUUCUUCUGGUCAAACUCAAACAUGGAUCUUUGUGUUAUUUAAACCUUUAUCUGUGCUGUAAAGCUGCUUCAGCUCUACAUGUUAAUCCUGUUUGGCCUUUCUGUAGUUUAAGCCACUUUUACAUGGUGCCAGAUAUUUAUCGCAUCAUUAUUUACAGACACUUCUCGUGUCUGUAUGGCAGGCCUUGAGAGCUACAUAAUGACAUGAAAUGUUGGUUGUUGAAAAGGGCCAUUUCCACCUGCUCACAAACUUUAAACUUGAUGUUGAGUUUACUUGAUGCUCUGCUCCAAAAUGAUCCAACGACCUCAGUGUGAACAUAAAGGUUUUGUUCAAUAAGGGAGAAAACUGUGACAGUAUUUAUGUUACACUCAUGGUGAUGUUCUGUGUAGGUUUAGUAUGUAGUCGUCUCUCUAAAUGUCCCACAUGAAUCAGUCUUUUUGUUAUUCGGAGGUUCCUGUUGAAUGUGGACGUUACUGAUCUGAACAACAGGCCUCUCAGCGUGUCUUUGUGUUACUGUCUCUGACUCCAUCACAAUCACUCAGUUUCAUGAUCCCAGAGCCGACGGUCCGGUCCAAUCACAUGGCGAUCAUCGUGACCUCUGAGACCUGCGACGUGGUCAAUGACGGGUCAGAGAGCUGGAGGCAGUGAGGUGAUUGAACGCAGUGAAAAAGGAGAAAGAAGUGACAGUGUGUGUUCAUCUUUGUGCUGUUUGUUUUUCCACUGUGUUGGUACAACUAAUAAAAACCUUGUUAAUUACA